AUGAUCUACGAGCAGCUUCCGACCAAGGUAACUCACCGCCAUAUCCCCAAUCAGGCGCCUAUAGUCGUCCACAUCACGUUGCCGGGCGUCAAACUUCUCGCAACAUACCGUCAAAUCAGGUCCGAAGCCACCGCAAUCCUUUCCAAAAAGCUCACCGCCAUCGCAUCCCAGCCUGUCCGCAUCAUCGCACCCAACCUACACGACAAUAACCUCCGCGCGCUAUUCUUGGUUGUAGCCAACAAGAAGUCCACUCACGAAAGCCCCUCGCCCCUUCAGCUAGACUUCUCCAACGGAAAAACCCAGCAUAUCUGCAUCGCCAUGUUAGACAACACGCCUCGCACUGUUUACCAAGAGGCCCGGAACACGCUCUCAAAAUUUGCUGGGUUCUGGAUGAUUUCCGGACAAGUGUAUUCUCGAAUUCUUGGGGAUUUGGACGUACAAGUGCGGCCGACGCUGAUGUCUGAAGAUAAGGAACGGGCAUACUAUGGCCUUCCUCCUGGCGCUAUUGAGAGUGUGACGUGGCAGUAG